UUCAGUUGAUUCACAUCUCCGAGCUGAUAUCACUACUACUACAAACUACUUGCUAAUUUUUCGAAGGUGAAAAGUUAGGCAACAUUUUUUUUAACACACUACACCUCCAAGUGGCCAGGUAUUCCAAACGAAGCAAUGGACGCGAACAAGCUGAAGAAAGUGGAGGAGGCGGUGCGCAUCGGUGGCAGGGGAUCGGUGCGCCGCAAGCACAAGAACGUCCCAUCUUCGGCUGCGGUCGAUGAGAAGCGUCUGCAGACCACUUUGGCCAAGUUACCGUUGACCCAGGUCAACGGGAUCCAGGAGGUGGCCAUCGAGUUUACCGACUCCAGUGAGCUGGUGAUAGCCGUGCCCAAGGUUCAGGGCACCACUUCCAGUAACUUGUUCGUGAUUACCGGCGAGCUUGUGCGCAAGUCGUCACCAGCUGGUCCACUGAAAGUGGCCAAGGCAUCCAAUUUGGAAGCGGAUUCUGCCGAUAAGCCAGAAUCGCAGGAGUCCGACAAUGUGGUGGCCCAGAAGGCCAAGAAGCCCAAGAAGCCACGCAUUCGCUUUCGUUUGCGCAACAAGAAGUUCCAAAUGAUGCUCGCUGAAGAGAAUAAGGCAUCAUCCGAGCUGAAGGAUCAGGAUCCCAUGGCUGGCGGGGAUUCGGAGCCGAAGCUAAGCGUUGCUGAAUCAAUACAGAACUCUUCCGAAGAUGCUGACGAUUCCAAUAAUGACGAGGUGGCAUUGGGUGCUUCUGAUGUCUAUAAGAUCAUCGUCGGCGACGAAGAUUCAUUGGGUAGCUUGGACGACGAUUCCGACAGCAAGAAUGAAAGCGACGACAAGGAGUGGAACAAUCUAUCUUUCUACUCCGAUGGCUAUGAUUCCCAGGCGGAGCAGCCCAAUCCGAGGACUUCUCGCGAUCGUGUCUUCGAGGACGAGGAUUAGACAUCUCUACAUUCACAUACCUUGCUUCCUUUUUACCAAUAUGAUAAAUAAAAUGCAU